AUGGCUUUCUCGUCUCUUGUGUUCACUGUACAAAGACGAGAACCUGAACUAAUCGUUCCAGCUAAACCCACACCUAAUGAAUUCAAAUACUUGUCUGACAUUGAUGAUCGGAAAGGUCUUCGUUUUCAUGUCCCCACAAUUAUUUUUUAUCGCAAAAAAGACUUUUGUAAGGCUAGUACUUGCAAGCCAUAUGAUAUAGUGGGUGUCAUGAAGAAGGCAUUAGGGGAUACACUUGUUUUUUACUACCCAUUUGCUGGUAGGCUUAGAGAUGUUCCCGGAGGUAAGCUAAUUGUUGAAUGCACUGGUCAAGGUGUAUUGUUUGUUGAGGCUGAUGCGGAUGUUAGUCUCGAACAAUUGGGUGGUGAUUUCCUAAAACCUCCAUUUCCUUGUUUGGAACAACUUCUUUACACCCCAUCUAAUUCUGGAGAUAUUUUUAGUUGCCCUUUGUUGUUUGUACAGGUGACUCGUCUUACGUGUGGAGGGUUCAUCUUUGGCCUUAAACAUAACCAUACUAUUUGUGACGCUCAAGGCUUACAACAGUUCGUGAAAGCUCUAGCUGAAAUUGCUCGAGGCGAAGUCUCUCCAUCUAUUCUCUCCAUCUUACUCAAUGCUCAAGUCCCACCACACAUCAUGUUUGCACAUCGAGAAUAUGAUGUUAUAUCAAAUUAUAAAGAAAAACUUUCAUCCCUUGAUGACAUGGUUCAUCAUUCCUUCUUUUUUAGCGCUAAAGAAUUGACAGCUCUAAGGAAACAAGUACCUCCUCAUCUCCAAGUAUGCACCACCUUUGAGUUGCUCACUGCUUGGUUAUGGAGAUGUCGAACAAUUGCAGUUGGGUACGAUCCCAAGGAAGAAGUCCGUGUGGUUAUUGCCGUUAGUACACGUGGGAAAUUUCACUCCACAUUACCAACAAGAUUCUAUAGGAACACAGUUGCAUAUCCUGUGGCGGUGUCGCCAACUGAGAAGUUGAUUCAAAAUCCUUUGAGUUUUGCAUUGGAGUUGGUGCUGAAAGCGAAAAAUGAAGAGUACAUUAGAGCAACAUCGGAUCUAAUAUCAGUAAAAGGGCGACCUAUCAUUUCUAUGGUGCAGACCUAUUUUGUUUCUAAUAUGAGACGCAUGCAGAAUGCUGAUGAGGUUGAUUUUGGGUGCGGAGAAGUAGUGUACGCCGAGCCAGCAAUACGCGUUCAUCCGACUUUGAAUUAUUGGAUGUCAAGCCCUUUUUAUCCUAUACGGAUAACAUGGGAGACAAAGGUUGUUUAG